UACAAAUCCUUGGUUUACUUCCUUCCCCAUAUCUCCUCCCCUCCAGAAACGCCUAGGUCAAAUUUCUCUGGGGAACUUUUUAUAUUGCUCUAGUUGGGGUAAAAAUCUCCAUGUGUUUCAGAGAAGCGGGAUGGAUAAAGGAUAGUAAGCAUUUGCCCUGCCUGAGGUGCUUUCAGACAUAUUGAGCUCUGUGGGGUAGGUACUGUUUUCUGUAAUACGUAAUGGCGAUUGGAUUCUGAGAGGUUAAAGCAUCUGAAUAAGGUACAUAACCACCACUGGGGUUUGAAUCCAUAUACCCUUGCUUAAAAACACCUUCCAGUCUUGCACAUCCAGACUCCUUACUGCAUCUACUAGUGAAAUUCCGUUAGCACGUUCCAUACACAGGAAUCUAAUUCCCCUGAGUCCUUACUCUCUGUAGUAGAUAAUAGAAUCCAUCCUUCAUUAAUCAUUCAGGAGUUGAAUAAAUGAGCUGGUGGUAGGCAGAGGGCAGGAAAGUUGACCUUUCUCAACACUUGGGAAUGUAUACAUCCUUACCUAUCUCAGGAAGGUAUUUUCAGGGAGUUGGGUGUUACAGCUUGAGGGAGACUAAGAUUCCUAAACUGGUUUUUAAACAGUUUAUGCUUUGUUUAAAAUUACUCCAGAAACCUAUAAAACAAAGCCCCCAUUGAGUCCCCUCUUGUACAUCCCUAGACGAGGACCCCUGAUUGCUAGCCUGCUAGCCGGGUCAUUUUACAAACUCAUGACCUAGGUUGAGCAGUCUUGAGAAGACAGCAUGGGCACUUUCAGGUUCUGCUAUGCCAGUGGCUCACCAGAGAGUUGACUGCUUAUUCAAAACUUAAAAUGUUGGUAUGAAGAAAAAAAAUGGAACAAGUCUGAGCUCCGCUCACUUGGGAACUUGGGUACAAUACAGAAACAACGUGUGCAGACACCUGCAUUAAAGCAGCAUUCAAGUUAAACUGAGAAGGGAAUCCAGACCUGGCUACCACCGGGAGUACGGGUUUAGGGAAGGGAGACUGUAUCACACCGAGGUUUGGUGCAGUCCACGAUAAGGGGGCUGCCUACUAUUAGGUAGCGGGCUGAGCCGCCUUCCUACUGGUAUCAGAGGCCCCACCCACCUGCAUUCUUCCUGGACUGCUUGAGUCCAAACAACAGCCCGGCCCGCAGGCGGACGGAAGAGGCGGUGCUCGAUACGGAAGUCCCUGGGCCCGCUACGGUCACGUGAGUGAGGUUCCGCAUAGAACUGGCACUCAGGUGAGUGGAGUUUCUUGGCAGUCACUGCCUGGAAGCACUGUGGGCCGAGAGUUCUUACAGGUCAUGUGACUUUACAGACCCAAGUCCUUGGUUUAUUUCCGGUGUGUAGUUGCACUCCUAAAGGAUGCGGAUUAGUUGCAGGGGAGUCUGAAUUUGGGGACCUAUCGUGUUUACUUGGGGGGUGGAACCCAGGCUCUGACCUCAUGAGUUUCUGGAUUAGGACUGGAUGCCUUACUGCUGCUUCUCCAGUUGUAUAGUGACCACGAGGCAGGAACGCGGCCCAGUAAGCAACUUUUCUGCGGCCUCUGUCAUUUGCAGAUUUUGGAAGUAGGGCGAGUGAGGAUAAGGAAGUGGCAGGCAUGUUCUUUACUGUGAGGUGCAGUGGGAGUGACUUCUCCUCUUGGUUUGACAGGAGGCAUGGCACUCUGGCGAGCAUACCAGAGGGCCCUGGCUGCACAUCCGUGGAAAGUCCAGGUUCUGACAGCUGGGUAUGUCCUGACAUCACCCAUGUACCUUGUACAGGGUCACUGAUGGGCCUAGGUGACAUUAUCUCACAGCAGCUGGUGGAAAGGCGGGGUCUCCAGCAACACCAGACUGGCCGGACCUUGACCAUGGCAUCCCUUGGCUGUGGCUUUGUGGGCCCUGUGGUCGGAGGCUGGUACAGGGUUUUGGACCACUUAAUCCCCGGCACCACCAAGGUGAAUGCACUCAAGAAGAUGUUGUUAGAUCAGGGGGGCUUUGCCCCAUGUUUCCUUGGCUGCUUUCUCCCACUGGUAGGGGUACUCAAUGGAAUGUCAGCCCAGGACAAUUGGGCCAAACUGAAGCGGGACUACCCCGACGCCCUCAUCACCAACUACUAUCUCUGGCCUGCUGUGCAGUUAGCCAACUUCUACCUGGUCCCCCUGCAUUACAGGUUGGCUGUUGUCCAGUGCGUUGCUGUUGUCUGGAACUCCUACCUGUCCUGGAAGGCACAUCAGCUCUAAGCCUGCCCUGUUCCGUGGUUCGCACCUUGCACUGCUGCUCCGUGGCCCUCUAAUGCUUGGACAGCUUCUUCCAACUGAGCACAACAGGACUGGAGAGGUGGCUCAGCCGUUAGAGCAUGGACUGACUGCUCUAUAGGAGACCUAAGUUUGGUUCCAAACACCCACAUCGGGUAGCUCACACCUCCGUGUCUCAAGCUCCAGGAGAUCUGAUGUCCUCUUCUGGCCUCUGAAGCACCUGCACUCACAUGUACAUAUCAACACAUAGACACAUUCGUAAUUAAGCACACAAUGAAAUCUUUUUUUUUUUUGGGUUCUUUUUUUCGGAGCUGGGGACCGAACCCAGGGCCUUGCGCUUCCUAGGUAAGCGCUCUACCACUGAGCUAAAUCCCCAGCCCCUGAAAUCUUUACAAGGAGGGAGUGUGUCCGUGAUUCGAGGUUGCUGAUCAGAGUAGGGCGACCACUCUAAAAACGUAACUGCUUUUGAAAUCACUAAGACCUUUAUAGUAUUGCUGUCACUCUGGCACUUAACUGAUGGGGACACACUAGAAGAAUUGUGUCCUGAGCUAGAGAAAUGGCUCAGAGGUUAAGAGCACUGACUGUUCUUCCAGAGGUCCUGAGUUCAAUUCCCAGCAGCCACACAGUGUUUCACAACCAUCUGUAAUGGGAUCCAAUGACCUCUUCUGGUGUGUCUGAAGACAGCGACUAUUCAUAUACAUAAAUAAAUCUUUUUAAAAAAAGAAUUGUGUCCUUUAGCAAUUUUGUCACUGUGUACACAUAGUAGUAUAUACUUAAACAGAUGGUAACAGUUGCUUACAUGGCUUCUCAGUCAGCCUGACAUGCUGUACGGUUUUACAGGGGGCUUUUUUUCAUAUGUAGAACAUUUUAAAAUAAUAAAUAUAGCAAAUUCAUGAAUCAGUAA